AUGGCCGUCUGCCUUGCAUUAUCUGGUGACCUCUCUUUCCUGUUGGAACCGGCAGACUCUAUUGCAGUAAGGGGUCGUGCCUUGACACUAAACUGCCAGGCAGAGGGUGAGCCCCCCAUCAACAUCACUUGGUACAAGAAUGGGAAUCCCUUAUCUGGUAUACCCCACAUUCAGCAGCUUAGUAAUGGCUCCCUCUGGAUACGCAACUUACAAAAGAGGCAGGUGAACGCUUCUGAUGCCGGAGAAUAUAGCUGCGCCGCACAGAAUCGUUAUGGCAAGCUGUUGAGCCGCAAGGCCAGGAUUCAACUAGCAUUUCUUUCUCGGUUCCACUUGAACCCACAACCAAUGUCUGUUGCUGAGGGUGGUGUGGCUCGAUUCCAGUGCCUGACCACAGCGGUCCCUACAGCCAACAUAACAUGGGAAAGAAACCGGACAGCCUUGCUCACAUCUGACCAAAGGUUCACACUUCUCCCAGCUGGCGUUCUUCAGAUCACAGGCGUCACACAUGAUGACAUAGGCAUGUACAGGUGUUUGGCUACAAAUGUGGCCAAUAGCAGAUACAGUGAUGAGGCUCCUCUGACCCUAGCAGGAACUCUCCAGCCAAAUCAAAAUGAACCAAUUAUCUUGUCUGGACCACAGAAUUUGACUCUUGUUGUCCACCAGACAGCCAUCCUGGAAUGCAUUGCCUCUGGCAACCCAAGGCCCAUUGUGUCCUGGAGCCGUUUGGAUGGACAAUCAAUUGGAGUAGAGGGGAUUCAGGUCCUGGGCACGGGGAACCUUGUGAUUUCUGACGUGUCAGUGAAACAUUCUGGUGUAUACGUAUGUGCUGCCAACAGGCCAGGGACAAGAGUUCGACGUACAGCUCAGGGGAUGCUACUGGUGCAGGCUCCUCCAGAGUUUGUACAGUGGCCACAGUCUAUAAGCCAAAACCUUGGGGGCAAUGCUACUUUCCAUUGUAUGGCACAGGGAGUUCCAGAGCCAACCUUGCUCUGGCUGAAAAAUGGAAAACAUCUGAGUCAAGGAGAAAACAUCAUACUCAGCAGCAACAACAGCACACUGACAAUUGUCCAGGUUUCAUCAUCAGAUGAAGCCUUGUACCAGUGUAUUGCUGAGAACACUGCUGGAACAAAUCAGGCCAGUUCUCGCUUAGCUGUCUCUUUACCACAGGAAGCUCCUAAAUCCCCAGAAGAGGUGACUGCUGUGCCCCUCUCAACCUCCUCUAUUCAGCUGACUUGGAAAGCACCUUCAUUGGAAGUGGCAGAUAGGAUCAUAGGAUAUGUGCUGCACAUUCGCAAGGCAGGAGAGCCGAGCAGUCAGGAGCUGCAGGAAGCUCUUAGUAAGACCACCUUCAGACAUGUGCUGACCAACCUUGAACCGUCAACCACUUACUCUAUGUUCCUCCGGUCAUAUUCCCCCUUGGGAGCCAGCAGUGAUUCCAACACUAUUUUUGCAACCACCCUGGGGAAACCCCCCAAGACUCCAGAGCUUUCUGUGUCAGUUGUGAAUGACAGUGCAGUUCAGAUGUCCUGGUUGGCUUUACCAGUAGCUGGGCAGGUACAAGGUUACAAGCUGGCAUAUCGCAAGAUUCCUUAUGGGGAAUUUCAAGGUCUCCAGAUUCUGCCAGGAAAUAUCAGCAUCUUCACGUACAGCGAUCUGGAAGCUGGUUCUCGAUAUGAGAUGAAACUAGUUGCAUUUAACGGGAAUGGAGAAGGAAACUGUUCUUUACGUUUUGUGUCUCUAAGACAUGGUGAAGGCUCUCAAUGGGGUGAGUGUUAACCAAAGAGGCUGCAUGAACCCUAUCCUAUGUCCUUUUGUGAUAAAGGGUUUGCUGUGAUGAAAUUAACUGCUGUAGA